GGUUGUCAUGGUGAAGACAAGAGUGGAUGAUGUUUAUGGGAUGGAGCGCGCACAUUUAAAGGCUGCGUUUCGGCGUGAGACUUCACAGAUCCGCUGCGCGUUCACAGCCAUGUCUAACAGUGCCAGAGAGGAUUUUACCCGCAAGGGAAGUGAAGUUUCACGGGAUAUUUAUAUGAGCUUGAGAGAAUCAUCAGAUGACCGACCUGAUCCGAAUUCUCCAUCUGCUUUACCUCAAACCAUGACAUCAGAUGCUAUCCAAGGCAAAGCAGUUUGCGCAAGGUGCAAAGAAGACAUCUUAGACAGAUUUCUUCUCAAGGUAAAUGAACUGUGCUGGCAUGCGCAAUGCCUGUCAUGCACCGUGUGCCAAACGACCUUGGGCACACACACGAGCUGCUACAUCAGAGGAAAAGAAGUCUUCUGCAAACAGGAUUACUUAAGGAGGUAUCGGACGUUGUGCUCGUGUUGUUGGGAGACCGUUCGCUCCACUGACUGGGUGCGCAGGGCAAAGGGAAACGUUUACCACCUGGCGUGUUUCUCCUGCUUCACGUGCAAGAGGCAGCUGACCACGGGCGAGGAGUUUGCUUUGGUGGGUCAAAAAGUGAUGUGUAGAGUGCAUUACGACAGCGUGCUGGACAAACUUAAAGGGGCCGAAGCAAAAGGGAAAACUUUCUGCCCUGAUGAAUAUGAGGUAAACCAAAAGCCAUCUAAAAGAGCGCGCACCAGCUUCACCUCAGAUCAACUACAGAUCAUGCAGACCCAGUUUGCACAGGACAAUAAUCCAGACGCACAGACGCUUCAGAAGCUGGCUGAACUAACUGGACUCAGUCGCCGCGUUAUUCAGAGGUCUGUCUGCUCCCCAGCCGGGUCACAUCUCCCAGCCGCCAUCUCCAGCCAGCCUACACACUACACAAUUCAUAGGGUCUCACGCACACCUCUAUUUACAGCGCUACACUCCUGCAUUGACGUGCACACACCAUCAUCAAUGAUCUAUCAGCCCUUACUGUCCCACCAAUCAACACAUCUACCAAUCAGCAGCUAAACCUUCAAUCAAUUCCCUUCUCUCUCUUUCUCUCUCUCUCAAGACAGGAUUUUUUAUUCUUCUAAAAUGAAAUUGUAAACCGCUUGCAAGCCAGCAUAGCCACAUCUGUUACACUAUAACUGAAAACAUUUUGUUUGUCG